CUGUCUUAGUCCUGUGCUAAAACAACAACCUGCACACACACCGGCCCUUUCUGGAUAAGAUUGGACACCCCUGCUUUAAUGUGUCUAGGCUUUGUAACACUGAAGAGGAAUCAGUAUAAAGAACCACCUUAUCCGGCUUCAUCUCCUCCACCCAUUGCAGUGCUAACAAUAUUGCUGCUUUCUUGUUCAACACCCUUUCACCCGUUUAAUAUGACGUCUUCAGCGUCAUGACGUUGACGCAGGUUGAGGAAGUCGACACGUGGGAAAAGAAACCCAAGCAUUGUAGUAGGAAGGCCAAACCAUCGGCUAAGAUUUGCGGCGAAUCGUGGUCUAUAUCUACAGUGACCAGUUAUGGCAGUCCGGGCAUCCUUUGAAAAGAACAACGAAAUCGGCUGCUUCGCCAAACUUACGAACACAUACUGCCUUGUAGCGAUUGGCGGUUCAGAGAACUUUUACAGUGUUUUUGAAGGAGAGUUGUCAGAAACUAUACCUGUCGUACACGCUUCCAUAGCAGGAUUGCGUAUAAUUGGAAGAAUGUGUGUGGGGAACCGACACGGUCUGCUGGUGCCCAACAACACCACGGACCAGGAGCUGCAGCACCUGAGGAACUGCCUGCCCGACGCGGCGCGGAUCCAGCGGGUGGAGGAGAGGCUGUCGGCCCUGGGAAACGUCAUCGCCUGUAACGACUACGUGGCCCUGGUGCACCCCGAUCUGGACAGGGAGACGGAGGAGAUCCUGGCCGACAGUCUGAAGGUGGAGGUGUUUCGGCAGACGGUCGCAGAGCAGGUCCUGGUGGGGAGUUACUGUACCUUCAGCAAUCAAGGGGGGCUGGUGCACCCCAAGACCUCGAUAGAAGACCAGGACGAACUGUCUUCUCUCCUCCAGGUGCCCCUCGUGGCAGGAACGGUAAACCGGGGGAGUGACGUCAUCGCCGCGGGGAUGGUGGUGAACGACUGGUGUGCGUUCUGCGGCCUGGACACAACCAGUACAGAGCUGUCGGUCAUCGAGAGCGUGUUCCGCCUGAGUGAAGCCCAGCCCAGCACCAUCGCCACCACCAUGAGAGACUCGCUCAUCGACAGCCUCACCUAAGCGUCCUGCCGGUCCUGCUGGAUAUGCACUGCUGAAUUUCUGAGCGAUGUGUACGUUCAACACAUUUAACACACCGGACAACAUUCUUUUAAAAGAUGUUUAAGCCUUGUGGGUUUUUUUGUCAGCAACCAUGUAUAACGAUUAAAUCACAAUGAUAUGCAAUUGUGUAACUGGCAGUGUAAAUGACCAUGUCUGCUGAAGUUUUUGUAGAAAAGUACCAUUGCGUGCCGGCCACUUUUAAAUACAUAACUUCUCAGAUAUGCAUAAGAGGGCCUAACUCUGAAGGAGUGUAGAGAACGUUUAUUUUAUUGAUGUCAAUUGAGUACAGAAUAAAUGAAGCCUUGCAUUGUGAGAAUGGCAUGUUAUUUUUCUUUUCACUGUAUUCUUCAUAUAAUAAAACUGAAAUUCAAAAAGGCUGUGCCUGGAAAAAGAA